AUGGGGAACACGCUGACCUGUUGCGUGUCCCCCAAUGCCAGCCCCAAACUGGGCCGGCGCGCGGGGCCGGCGGAGGCGGACUAUGCAUCUGACAUCUACGAGGCGGCGGCAGGGGACGCGGUGGCGGUAGCGCCGUCGCCCGAUACCGUGGAGCCCGCCGAGUUGGAUUUCGGAGCUGGCGAGGGCCACCACCUGCAGCACAUCAGCGACCGGGAGAUGCCGGACGAUUUAGCUUUGGAAUCAAACCCUUCUGACCAUCCAAGGGCAAGCACAAUUUUCCUCAGCAAAUCUCAAACGGAUGUGCGUGAAAAGAGGAAGAGCAACCAUUUAAAUCAUGUAUCUCCAGGGCAGCUUACUAAAAAGUAUAGCUCAUGCUCAACAAUAUUUCUAGAUGACAGCACAGUCAGCCAGCCUAAUCUUAGAACCACAAUAAAAUGUGUGACCUUAGCAAUAUACUACCACAUAAAGAACAGAGAUGCAAACAGAUCCCUGGAUAUUUUUGAUGAGAGAUCACAUCCACUCACACGAGAGAAGGUUCCAGAGGAAUACUUUAAGCAUGACCCUGAGCACAAAUUUAUUUACAGAUUUGUUCGUACUCUUUUUAGUGCUGCACAACUAACAGCUGAAUGUGCAAUAGUAACUUUGGUUUACUUAGAAAGGCUUUUAACUUAUGCUGAGAUCGACAUUUGUCCCACUAACUGGAAAAGAAUUGUUUUGGGAGCCAUUCUUCUUGCCUCCAAGGUUUGGGACGAUCAGGCUGUAUGGAAUGUGGACUACUGCCAGAUCCUCAAGGACAUUACAGUUGAGGACAUGAAUGAGAUGGAAAGGCAUUUCUUGGAGCUACUCCAGUUUAAUAUUAAUGUUCCUGCCAGUGUUUAUGCCAAAUACUACUUUGACCUUCGCUCCUUAGCAGAUGACAACAACCUGAAUUUUCUAUUUUCUCCUCUCAGCAAAGAAAGAGCACAGAACCUAGAGGCCAUUUCAAGAUUGUGUGAAGACAAAUACAAAGACUUGUGUAGAGCUGCUAUGAGAAGAUCUUUCAGCGCUGACAGUUUCAUUGGUAUUCAGCGCUCUAAUGCCAUACUCUCUUAGGGGCUCGGGGUGGUAACUUCAUGGGCUCCUCUGCAAAGCCUGGAGAAACCCCACCCUCCUGCUUAGAAACCGGCAAAGUCAAUAUUUUCACCGAAAGAGAAGACCUUGAAUUCAGAGACUUGUGGACAAUGACAAUUGCACUCCAUAGGAAAGAAUGGGACCUUGUGAAAUCAACAACACACUUUCUGUCCUUUUUAAUGUAAACAGUUACAAAAACCACUCCAAAGCAAAAGCUCCGAACCCACACGCAGUUAUUGCUUACUGUGUAGGCAAAAAGCUGUGAACUAUGUGAGGUUUUUUUGACUAAUAAUUUAAAAUUUGAGAGUUAAAGACACUAACCAUACAACUUCAAUGUUUUCUUCCCUUCCCCUUCCCUCCAAAUACUGCUGCAAAUACCUUUAGAAUUGAUGCAGUAUUACCAUUUAAACAUAGGACUUUUUUUUUUUGUCCAUUCCAUUUUCCACUUGGGCUAGGACUUAAACCUGGGCCUAGCAUGUGCUAGGUGGAUGCCCAACCAUUGGCCCCAGCCCAAAACAUGGGACUCUUAACACUCAUGAAACCACUUAGGAGCAGAUUGUAGCACUGUUUGGUAUUGAAGAUUCUUCCCACUGUACUAUCAAAGCUGCUAGUCAUUAUUGGUAAUCAGUUUAAACCAGAAAGCUGCUGGACAACAUUUGCCAUUCAUAUUCUUUGCAAGCAAGACUUAAACCAGCCUUUUGGCAUGUUUUCAGUCAUGAAGAGAAAGUAUCAGUUACCACUUGUAUUGGGCCCAUGCUGCAUUAGUUGUGAACUAUUAAUGGUGCUUUUCAUUUCCUGAUAAUUUUCCUCUUAUUUGUUAAAUAACUGUAUUAAAAGAUAUUUUCAUAAUGCCACCCAACAUAGUGGCCCAGUGAUAAGUAGCAGAUAGCAAAGUGCAAGGUGUCCUGAAAGCUGUAGUGCAGUUUUAAGCUUUGCUAUGCUUGGGCUCUCCGGGCGUUGCAGAAGUAAAAAAGCUACACAUUUUUACAAAACAUCAUUUGAAAACUUUAAUUUUGUAAAUUUUGAAUAUUAAGCUUUUAACUUUAAUUUUUAAUUUCAGUCCCUCUUGAA